CAGAGAUAUAUGUUGGACAAUUCCCACAGUCACUAAUAAAGAAAACAAAACAUUAAUUAUUCAUUAAAAAACAUAAAUUAAAUAUUAUAUUUUCACAAAAAAAAAGUAAAAUAUUUGAAGAUAUUUAUUAUCGAACACCUUAAUAGGUGAGUGAAUGAUAAAAAUUAUUAAUGUACAUUUGUUUCUUCAUCUUCAUUACCGGUAUAAAAGUAUGACAUAAAGACCAGAAAAAUUUUUUUUAUUAAAAAUUGUAAUAAAAGAACAGUUUUUAAAUAAAUUUAAAAAAAAAGAUGGGAUUAAAAGAUGGAAUCAAUUAUGUUUUAUUUAAUAAUCCGAUUUCAUCCGGUACAUUUCAUAUGGCAAAAAGUGCCGCUAAUUCUGUAAGUAAAAUAGGUCUUGUAAGUAAAUCAGGAAAAACUAUUACAAUGUCACCACCAGAUAUUUAUAAAUUAGCUGCAUUAAAGGGUCCAUAUAUUAGAUUAGCAGGUGUUAGUGGUGCAGUGGCAGUAAUUUUAGCCGCCUAUGGUUCUCACAAGAGAUAUUCACCGGAUGAAAAAGGAAUUGAGGAAAGAAGAAUUUUUGAAACAGCUUCGAGAUAUCAUUUCAUUCACACUUUAUCAUUAUUAUCAUUACCCCUUUGCAGAGUUCCCUUUUUAGCUGGAACAUUAUUUAUAUCUGGCAUUAUGUUAUUUUGCGGGCCUUGUUAUUAUUCUUCUUUCACUGGAGACAAAACAUAUUCUAGGCUAACACCAAUCGGAGGAUUUUGUUUCAUUAUGGGAUGGUUGUCAAUGUGUCUUUAGAAAAAAAAAAAAAAUUCUAUGAUUCAAAUUAUCAUAAAACGUUUAAUUUCUUCCAUCUGAAAAAAAAUUGUUUAAAUGUUACGUUCUUUUUUUCUUCUUAGAAUUUAUAAGAAAACUUUUCAUGUACAUGACUUUCUAUUUCAAAAAUGUAUUUUUUAAAUUAAAAAAAAAUUCUACUUUAAUAAAAUGUAUUUAUUUAUAUACCUUACUUUAUAAUUGAUAAAAAUAAUAUAAUAAUAAUUUACUACUAUUUUUUGGAUUGGGUCCAGAUGAAUUUUUCUCAAUUUUGUUACGACUGCGUUUAUUGAAGGACUUCAAAAGAAACAGUGUUUUUUUUUUUUUUUUUUUUUUAAAUCGAAUUGAAAUAAACUUCAUUAAUUUAUGCUAAUAAGAUCGAUAUAAAUAUAACUCUUGUUUAUAAUACGAAUAAUGACGCGGGUCCAGAUCGAAUCACAAGCUUCAAAGAUGCUUUCUCAAAAAAAAAAAAAAAAAAAAAAAAUUCCAACUCUGUGUUGACUCUUGCAACCAUUUAUGGUUUUUUCCAUCUUCUUAUUUUUUAUAUCCCUUAUAAUUUAUAUUAAAAAAAAACAAGAAAAAAAAAAAGAAAACAAUCAUAUAUUCACUUUUUUUUAGACUACAAGGAUAACAUAUCGUUUUUUUUUUUUUCUUUAUGUAUUAACAUUGCCAAAUUUAAUAAACACCUUUGCUCAUCAUUAGACUAAAUACAUCAUCACUAAAGGAACAAAAAAAAAAACUCACCGAGAGAAGAUUAAAACCACCACAAUUUUUUUUUUUUAAAUAAAAAACCAAAUUCAUUUCUAGAAAUUUUUAAAAUCUAAGAAAAAAAAAUAACACAUUCUAAAGAGAACUUUUGUUUCUUAAAAAAGAAAAAAAAUUAUAUUCUCCAUUUUCAAAAUUAAACUUAACGGUAUUGGCCUUAAAACUAAAAUAAUAUACAUAUAUAGUAUAUAAAUAUAAACAAUCAUUUUUUUUUUUUUUUGAUUGCUCGACUCUUUGUGAUUUAGUCUAAUGAUGCCUUGGCGGUACCCUUAAACUUAGAAAGAGAGAGAGAGAGAGAUAAUUGGACUAUCUUACCUACCAAAUAGAAAUAUCAAAUAAUAAAUUGAACGUGGUACAUCGAUUAAAAAUGAAAAAAACGAGAACAAAGUGUCGCACACGACUUUUUUUAGAGCGUCGAUGACGCGCGAAGCAACGAAAACACAAGAGAUCGAUUAUACAAAGACGGCAAAAAAAAGAGAAAAAAGAACAAAAAAAAAAUAGGGAAAGAAAAAAAAUACGAGACGCGUUGCUAUUACCGUUUAUCGUUAAUAUUAUGUAUAUAUAUAUUAUGUUUGUAUAUAUAUAUAUAGAAGUUUGGUCAUGUCGACCAUACAUGUCUUUAUUUUUCUUGAAUUACUUUGAAAUUUUUUUUUUUUUUUUAAUGAAUUCAACAGACAUGUGUCGAUGCGACAAAAGCAUCGCUGAUAUAAAAUUUACUUAUAUAUUUUACGGUAAACGCCCUUUUCUCGUUUCAUACUUUUAUUUUUUUUAAUCGGGGUGUGUCUUUUUAAUUUUCCUUUUUCUUUCUUUUCUUUUUUUUUUCUGUAACUCGAUCUCUAAAGCAGUACUGAUUUUUUUGUUUUUUUCUUUUUUUGUUUCAUACCUAUAUCGUAUAAUAUAAAGUAUUUAUAUAUAUAGACUUGCGUAUAUCAAACUGCUUCGACGUAAUUCUAGGUAUU